CUCUGUCAUCUCACCCACGCCUUCUCCUCUCUUCAGUUACUGUAUUAAAACUGGGCAACCGCUUCUCUCUCCCAUCUCUUCCCUCUCCUCCCUCUUUUCUUGCACAGGAGAAAGGAAGAGCUUCUCCCUUCCAGCUUGGCAGAUUGAUACAACAGAUCGUCAAGAGAGCAGUUAAGGAGGUAAACCAUGAGGACAAGGAAUGCGACAAUGUCAAAGUCAUCGUCGUGGCCCAAGGCGAAGACGGUGGUGAAGAAAUGGCUCAACCUGAAGAAUUCAGAGUUCCAUACGGAUUGUAUCAAUGAGAGCUCUCGCGGGGGGCAGCAGCAUCAGGAGAGGAGGAAGAGCUGCUCGGACAAAGAUGGCAGCAUUCUCACAAGGAGAAACCUGCCAGGUGGUUGGCUGGUGGAGAGGUCUGGCAACCUGAGGCCUCAUCCUCCCCGCUAUGGAUCACCGGCGCCGAGCUCGUCGUGGCGGCCUCCCAAGGAACUCAGGAUAUUCGUGGGGACGUGGAACGUGGGAGGGAGAGCACCGCACCAAGGGCUGGAUCUCUCGGACUGGCUCAUCGACGGACCUUCUUCCUCCUCUGCUCACAUCUACGUUCUUGGCUUUCAGGAAAUUGUGCCAUUGAACGCUGGAAAUGUACUUGGAGCAGAAGACAAGGGACCCGCUUACGAGUGGCUCAAUCUCAUCGGCCGAGACCUGAACCCUUCCUCCUCGGAGACGGGGAGAAGCUACAGUUUUGCCUCAGGUCACCGGCACGCCGCCGAGACGAGUCCCGAGCUUCUUCACAAGGCCAGGGUCAGCUUCUCGGACUUGCUGGCAGUGGAGGACAGGCUCAGCACAGUGUCAGAACCGGACGACGACAGCGAGCCUUCCACCUCGACCCCGGAAUCGAGCAGCGAGGAGGAGGCGAGCGACUUUGCGGCGCACGGGAGGGCGGGGCAUGGAUACCGGCUCGCUGCUAGCAAGCAGAUGGUCGGCAUCUUCCUCUGCGUCUGGGUCCGGUCCGACCUCAUGCCCUUUGUCACCAGCCUCAAGGUUUCUUGUGUCGGAAGGGGCAUCAUGGGGUACAUGGGAAAUAAGGGCUCGAUCUCGGUAAGCCUGACGCUGCAAGGGAGCUCGACGCUGUGCUUCGUGUGCACGCACCUGGCGUCCGGCGAGAAGGACGGCGACGAGGUGCGGAGGAACAGCGACGUCGCUGAGAUCCUAAAGAGGACGCGGUUCUCCAGGCCGCCGACGCUAUCGCCGGAGACCAUCUUGGAGCACGACAAGAUCAUAUGGCUCGGCGACCUCAACUACCGGCUGACGAGCAGCUGCGGCGACACGCUGGAGUUGCUCGAGAGGAACGAUUGGCAAGCGUUGCUGGAGAAAGAUCAGCUCCGGAUGGAGCAGAGAGCCGGGCGCGUGUUCGCGGGCUGGGAGGAAGGGCGCAUUCGCUUCCCGCCGACGUACAAGUACCUGGCCGAGUCCGACGCCUACGCCAUGAUCCUGCUGAGCAGCUCCUCCGGGUCCCGGGAGAAGAAGCGCACCCCGGCAUGGUGCGACCGCAUCCUGUGGCGCGGCGAGGGGAUGGAGCAGCGGUGGUACGUGCGCGGCGAGUCGCGCUUCUCGGACCACCGCCCCGUCAGCUCCCUCUUCUCCGUGCGGCUCGGCGACGGCGACGUCAAGCCUGCCGCGACAGUGCGCGCGAACGGGGGCGGCUGCAGGGACAGGGGCAGCUUCCGGCGCGGGGUGCCACCCAGGGGCGCGCACGACACGACGCGCUGCGCGGUGGAGGCGGAGGAGAUGCUCCUCGUGUCACGGGCCUGCAGCCCCCAUUCGUCAAGGUUCUGAUAUUGGCAUGGCGACAACGACGACCGUGGCAACGAGAGAGCCGGCGAGCAGGGGAUCGAUGGAUAUAUCGAUCGAGGCAGUGGCUGCAUGGAAGUUGCCCAUGGCUGAGCUUUCUUGUUAUGCGGCAGCUUGAGGGCGUGUGGACGGACAGUGGUGGGGGAGACAUUCUUGUUGGGAACGCGCAAGCUUUUCAGGGUGUCUCGUUGGAAAGAAUGUGCUUUCUUGCGAUUUUUUUUGUUUCUCUUUCGCGAGGGAGGGAAUCGAGGAACUUGCAGUGUGAGCAUGGAGAGCUGCUGUAUUCAAGUAGCCAUGUUUUUAGGUGAUGAGCAGCUCUGAGUCAAUGGAGUAGUAUGGUUCACCCUAAAAAAGGAAGAAGAGGGAGAAGUUU